CAAGUGCCUGGGCAAAAUGGAGCUGAGAUCGAGAGAGAGAGAGACCGAGAGGGCAAGAGUGAGAUAGAGCGAUCGUAUUCGGUGUCCAUCUAAUAACUGUCACAGCCGAUGAUUUUUCGCGCAUAUUAUAACCUAUGGAUUUUGGCGACUCCUCGCUAAUUUUAUCGCGUUACACGAGUGCGUGCGAGGCGAUCGCUCGUCGACGAAACGGAGAAUAAAAACGGAGUAAAUUGAGUUUACUCGAAGCUCGCUGCUGUCCUCCUCGCAACUAUUACAUUACGCCUGGAGUGUUUCGCGCGGGUGUGGUGCUAUAUUCGCGUUUCACCAAGAGUCGUCUCGGAUGAUAAAAUUUGCAAUUUUCACUCGAUAUACAAUACAAUUGCGUCGAUCAUGUCAGUGCGGUGUUCAAUUAGUCAACUAGCAUGGGAAAGGUAGCGAUGUGUAGUGGUGGAUCUGCGGAAUUUUCGACGAUUGAUAUGUUAAAACAAGUGGGACGUCGUUGUAGCUUUGUUCAUGGUCAAAUAAUGAAAUGUCAGACAUGAGAGUGAUAAAUAGACGAAAUUCGCUGGAUCUGUGUCAAGAGAAUCUUUUUAAUCUUCAGUGUCUUGUCAAGGCAAACGACAUCAGAUAUGCAACUGCUAUUGAAAAUCAUGAAAAGCAACUUGUGGCCUUUGCCAUUGGCCCUACAGAUCUUGGGAUUUAUUACUUGAGAGAAGCACCCUCCAAACCAAUCAUUAAGAGGGUGCCUUGGUUUCAAUGUAUGAGGAAAAAAAUUGCUUGUUUAUGUUUUGAUCCAUCGGGUUCUUGGUUAUUGGUUGGCUCUAUUGAUGGUUCAGUAUACAUUGUUCCAGUGAAAACUGUCAUAGAUGAACCUUAUGCUCCAGAUCAAAAAUGGACAACACAAGAUGUUACGUCCUUUUUGUCUGUAAAUUCUCAAAAUUCUUAUGGAAGACCAAGUGCAAUAGCAUGGUGGCAUGGUGUAUCUUUUGCAGCAGAAAUAGGUGUUAUUGGUACAGAGCAAGGAGAAAUAGUUUUUAUUAAUUUAGAAACAGGUCAACAAGUUAGUAUUACAAAAGUAGAGGGCCGUAUUACAAGUCUUUCUAUCUGUCAAGAUACAGAGCUGGAUAAAGUGUUAAUGUUAAUUACAAACCAUGCUCGAGAACAGUGGUAUUUACUUUUAGAAAAAUCAGGUAGUAAUUAUACAUAUCCGUUAAAUACUGGAUCACAACGAAUAACUACUAAUGGUGAUGAUAUCGACAACGAGGAAAGAACAUUUCCUAUGGCAAGAGCAAGAUUAAGAGGCCUGAAACAAAUGUCUUUUCAGAAACUUAAUAUGAUUAAACAAAAAUUAGCUGAAACGAGAAAUCGCUUGGAUCCUACUCCUCCAGUGCCAGUGAAUAACAUAGAAAAUAAAAAUAAUGAAAAUGUCAGUCUCAGCAAUUCUAGUGAUUCCAAUGAUAACAGUAAUGAAAUAAUCUUUUUUUCACAUGAAGAGUCUGAUAAUAUUUAUAGCACAACUCCAAUACCAGUGUGUAGAGAUAUGUAUGUUAUUCCCCAAAUUUUGAAAAAUGGCUGUAGUUUUUUUGCCAAUUACAUACCAUCUAAAGAUUUUGUAACUAUUCAUCAACGAUGCACAACUUUAAAACCUACUAUGGUCCAUAGAUUGCCAAGAGAUUGCCUAGAUAUUCAAUUGACUUGUAAACUAAUUUAUGUUUUGGAUACCAAACAUAGAUUUGUUCAAAUAGUAUCUCGUGUUUUGAGUGAAGAAAGAAAAGGAAACUAUGAAAUAUAUAAUGAUUUUAUUAUAGCUAAAUUUUCAUUUGAUAAAAGUGAAGAAGUCAUUAAUAGUAUUUUUGUUUUAUCUGCUAAUACACAAAACUACGACACAUCAGAUAAUAUUAAACUUAAUUAUAAAGAUUGUUGCAUAGCUAAUAAUAUAGUCGACUUAAACUCUUUUUUUCCACCACUUGAUUCAUGUUUAGUGAUCACUAAUCUUGGAAUCUACAGAAUCGACCUGAGGAGUGACAUAACACAAUAUUUCUUAGAUUUAAUUCUAAUACAUCGAGCACUUGAAGAUUCUAUAAGAUUGGGAGAUAUUUUAGGAAUGAGAUGGAAUCAAUUAAUGGAAUAUGCAGGUGAUAUAGUUUUAUGCAAACACGGCUUUGGUCAAGCUAUGGAAUUGUAUUCUUAUGCUAAGUGUCCUAUAUCAAAGUGUAUCUACAAAUUCGCUGCAGUAGGAUAUACAGCAGACCUUCUGAAAUUACUUGUUGCAUACUCAUCUUCUCCUGUGAUCACUGAAGUUAGUGAAACGAAUAGAAUUCACUAUUCAAACUUAAGUGUCCUUGCUUUCACUGAGCUUUUCUUGAGAGCGUUGCCUCCUCAUAAAGAAUAUGUUCAAAAAGAUUUGUUACAUUUUCUUUCGACCAAUACUACAUAUGACCAAUUGUAUGCCAUUAAAAUGGCUAUCAAAACCCACCUAUGGUUUAUGCUCGAGCAUUUGUUGAAGCAUAAAGGAUUAGGACCACAAGUACUCGAUUUUCUAGUUGCAUCUUUACCUAGCUUCGCGAAUCAAAAUGCACUGCUACACACAGAUCAAAAUAAAAAUGGCUUAUUGAUGUGCUUGAGUGAUCCAAGUUUAAUACAGGGUAUCUUGAACAAUCUUAAUUCUGCUAAGAAUCACAUCUGCUUUGUACAGUUCAGUUUGCCGACUCUGCCGAUUCCCAUCAUUGACAGGCUUCUCAAACUUUACGAUCCUACCAAUCCUUCGCUGAGACCGUUACUUACACGACUUAAAAUUCGUCGAAGAACUGCAUCACGAUGUUCCUUUUCAAGCCAGUGUGAUUCCUUGGAUUUUACUGAAGAUGGGGAUGAUAGCAGUAUGUGCGUGGAAGAAAUCGUUAAUACCUUUAUACUUCUGCUUUUGACGGUUCUGCAUCGACAGCAGCCAUCCGUAACUUUUCGUUCUGAGUUUAUGCCUCUUACGCAUCCCCUAGAAUUUAACGGGGAUUUCCAAGAUAAAUCGGAAUCUAUCGACGUAAAACGUCGAGUAUUGAGUGCAGGCUUCGGUCACGUUGCUUUGAUAAGAAACGGCAACAUCAUGACGUGGGGUAAUGCAAUGCAAGGUUGUUUAGGUACUGGACCGAUAAUGUCACGCUUCGAGACGCCCAAAACUCUCGGCAUGUUUCAUUAUCAAGGUAUCGAAGUGCUUUCGGUAUCGUGCGGUCGCUGGCACACAUUGUCAGUGACAAACAACGGCGUUUACGCUUGGGGUAGCAACGUUUACGGUCAAUUAGGCCUGGGCGAUCUACGUGAGACUCCCAAUCCGGAACUAAUUGUCUCGCUCGCUCAAGAAGUCAUAGUCGAUGCCGUAGCAGGUCCCUAUCAUUCCGUGGCGUUGACCGCCGAUGGGAGAAUUUUCAGCUGGGGCUGGGGUGUUUACGGUCAACUGGGACACGGAUCCACGGAGUUGUCGCGGUAUCCAACAAUGGUCAAAGCUUUGGUCGGGAUAGAUAUUCGUCAUAUCAGUGCCGGCUAUGCCCACACUCUUGCCCUCAGUGCAGAUGGCUACGUUUAUGGAUUUGGUUGCAAUAUGUUUGGACAGUUGGGAACCGGUGACGAUAGCAAACAUUCGUUGCCUAUCAAAAUCAGUCUUAUUCCUGAGAAGAUAACGGCUGUCGAUACGAAAUAUUUUCACAAUCUCGCAAUUAGUGUAACGAAUAAGCUGUACGUUUGGGGUUGCAAUCCAACAAUUCUGCGCCUGCAAAGCAAAGAGCGUAAGUUGCGCUUGCAGCGAGCCAGACAAGCUAUGGAGACGAUGGAACGUGAAAUGGCUGAAAAGAAAUGCCACACAUCUCCAAUCGAAGAGUUUGCUGAGGCAUUGAAAACAGAGGAAGGAGGCGAAUUGAAAAAGUCACUAAGCGACAGGAACCUCAAUUCUGCUUGUUCUUUGAAUAUUGAAAUUGAAAAAGAUCUGGAAGAUAGUAUGAAUCAUUUGGUGCCCGAAUUAGUUGAUAUUAGUCGAGUUCAAGGGAAAAUUGUACAGAUAUCAUGUGGAUUCUUUCACUCAGCAUUGCUCACACACGAUGGUAAGGUUCACACUUGGGGCAGGAAUAUUGACGGUCAAUUAGGAAUCGGCACCAGUAGAGACGUUACUCAUCCAGCACCUGUUACUUUUCUGUCAUUUGAUAAUAAUAGCCGGCUUAACACGGAGAGCGAGAACGAAAAAGAUCGUCAACCAGGUUUACAUCCUAAAGACCCUGAAUGUGAAUUAACCAAAGAUUAUGUUAUUAAAGCCGUAAAAAUUUCUUGUGGAGGGCAUUUCACUGUAAUUCAGCAACCAGGAGGUAAAAUUUUUGCUUGGGGUGCAAACACCACAGCCCAACUGGGCCGACCACCGAUUAACGAUGAUUCGGAGCGCUUUUUACUUCAGCUUAAAAAUUCAAAACGAUUUAUACGGCGUCCAAAUCAGGACCGUUUAUUACCGGUCAAUCUUAGUCCAAGUCAAGUGCCUGGAAUACCUGCGAUGAUGAUAUCCUAUCAAACCUAUGAUAAUAAUAAUUUGUCUGGUACUGUCAAACCUCUUAGUUCUGUCGAACCGAAUAUGGGAGAACUGACCUUGCAUUAUACCCUUGAAGAAUUUCAUGGUUUAUAUAGCUUUUCAAAAAUCUUCAAUAAGUGUGAGGAAUUGAAAAAAUAUCAAGCUUGUGCCAAGCUUGAUCUUAUCGAACGCAACAUGAUCGAAUCAAUGACAAAUCAACUAAGGGCCUUAAAAGAAUCGGAUCCUGACCAAUUGGUAAAUAUUGAUGAAAAUUCCAGUCCAGAUGAUAAAAAAAUUAAUGAACAACUUGAAGUCAACAAUAUGCUCUUUGAGAAGCAUGUUGAACGCAAUGUGGUUGAUAUACUAAUUGAGUCUGCUGAAAAGGAAAAAAUAAAAAUGCCUGUUAGUAAAUCACUUGAUAGUUUUCGCAUUCUCGAAGAAGAGCUGCACACGUUUGAUUGUCAAGGUGGCUCGGAAGAGAUGUUUGAUGCAGAUAAAAAAGAAAUCCUGGACUUGGAUUGCAGUCAAUUAUCAAACAAUGAUCUGGAAAGUUCCAUUGAAAAUGUAACACUAACUGGUGACGAUUUCAAAGACAGUUCGCACAACGAUUCUAGUAAAAUCAAUGAAACUAUUUGUAUGGAUGAAAAAGAGACAUUGAAGAUGCAGUACGCCAUGAAUAUUGUCGAUUUUUACUUGAGCGAAGUAGAAGAGGAACAGUACAUGACUAUCUACGAUAUAACUGGAUUGGCUAUUAACUUUUGGGUUGAAAAUAGAUUAGAUGUUAAAGACUUGGAAAAAGUUUUCAUAAAAUAUAUGAAGAAGAUUUACUACCCUCUUGCCCUUUUAAUAUAUAGUGAUAAAGAAACAAUGACCAAUUCUAUAACUGAAAGAAAUAUGAAAAAUAUUCGAGUGAAAAAUGCAGUGAACAUUUUAUCAACUGAUUUUUGCUUGAAAGUCUGUUCUUAUAUGAUAGAACAUAUCGAAGAUGGUAAACCGGCUGUAGAUUUCGUCGAAAUGCUCUCUGAAUCUCUAGCUAAAAACUACGGCCCCCCUCUCAUUGGAUAUCCUGGAACAAGUGAAAACAGAACAUCUGAACAAAUGAUGGAAGGAAUAGUGAGCACUUUAUCGGCAAGUUAUAACGAUCCCCGAGCUUUCAUACACAUCAAGGACUCCGAUAAGGUAUCGGAACUAAUGGCAGCAGACGAAGACUCAAUGAUAUUUACUUGUGGACACCAAUAUCUUCUAUCUACUUAUAAAUCCGAAACAGUGCCACGGAUGGAGGCUGAUCUGUUAGCGCUGCGUUCACCUUUGCCUUCUACGGCUCAACUUCUCGGUUCUAUUCUUAUUCAAUCACACAAACCCGAGACGUUGUGUCCGCCAUGUUUAACUCAAGUUCUCAAAGACGCUACAAAAAGCGUAGAUAGAUAAAUUGAAAAAUGAAUGUUUCAAAAUAGAACAAUUCAUCCUUUACUUCAAUUAAUAUAAGUUGUCUUUCAAGUUCGAUUAACCGGAAUGUUUGUAAGAUACAACAUGAUUUUAAGUGCGUAAAAGUUUGAUGCGUUUUACUAUUAAAUAGCUAACUCACCUUCUCGUGUGUUUUCAUCAUUGAAGAAUUAAGUGCGAGUGCUUAGUUAAUUUUUGCAAUAACUUAAACGAUAUAUGUUAAAUUUAUAAAAGUUAAAAUAGCUUCCAGUUACACAACUCAUACUGAAUUUUGCGUAAAUAUAUUUUAUUAAUUAAUUAUUUUAUAAAUUGUUAUUUGCUUGCUGAAGAUUGUACAUAUAUUGUGAACAUUCAACAACGCGACGUCGUCAGGGAUGUCAGCAAUAAUACGAAUGAUUGUAUUGUAAAUUUUGUAAAUUUUCAGUUACUCUGUAAAUAAUCAUUUUUACGGUUUAUACCUUAUACGAAGCUCUAUUAGAAGUGAUGCUAGUCUCGAAAAAAAAAAUGAAUUAGGAACAAAUUUUGUGAAAUCACGACUGUUAUUCAGGUAUACUACGAAAUUACUCAUCGAAACUCUAUAGUACCAUUUAAAAAGCAUGUAGUGGUUUCUCAAUAAAAACUUUAU